UUCACUCUGACGUCAGGCGCCUGCUGGCGUCAUUCGGGAAGCGACGGCGGUAGAAGCAAGAUGGCGCUGCUCUGGAGGCUGGCUGGGAGGAGCCGUCUGAGCUCUCCCCUCUCUCCCGGCGCCCUGCUCACCAGCCUCUCUCGGACGAGCUCCACGGCGCAGCAGGAGAUGGAUCGAUUCUGGCAGAAGAACCAGCGGCUGAACCGGCCCAUGUCGCCCCAUAUCAGCAUCUACAGGUGGUCAGUGCCCAUGGCCAUGUCAGUGAUGCAUCGUGGGACGGGGGCUGCCCUCAGUUCAGGGGUGUCUCUCUUCGCCCUGGCGGCCCUGCUGCUGCCCGGCGACUACCCCAGUUACCUGGAACUGGUGCGGAGCCUGCAGCUGGGCCCCGGGCUGAUCGGAGCCGCCAAGUUCGCCAUCGCCUUCCCGCUGGCCUACCACACCUGGAACGGAGUGAGGCACCUGGCCUGGGACACUGGCCGUGCACUGACGAUGCCGCAGGUGGAGAGUUCGGGGUACCUGGUCCUCACACUGACCCUGGCCACCUGCCUGACGCUGGCUGCGUUGUGAGGGGCAGCUGGAGGUGUGGGGGGUGGAGGGAUAAAGGGGAGGGGGGAGGUCUCGGGGUAA